UCGCUUCCCCGCGCUCGAACUCGCAAACCCUAGGCGAUCCCUCCGAUCCUGCUUCGUUCGAACAGGCUUCAAAGACAUCAUGACAAGAACUAGAGUGGAUUCCAGGCCUGCGACUUGUCAGCCGACGUCCGCUCUUCGUGUUAGUUCCUCUAAUUGGAACGGCAUGAAGAGGAAAGCUAAACGCAAGAAAGUGCCUUUGGGUGUGGCUGAGGGGGACCGGAAAGAUGAAACGUGCCCGGUAUGCUUGGAGCAUCCGCACAAUGCCGUCCUCCUCCUCUGUUCCUCCUACGACAAAGGCUGCCGCCCUUUCAUGUGCGGGACCGGCCGCCGCCACUCCAACUGCUUUGAACAGUUCACGAAGGUCCGCACAAAAGCAACUGGCGACGAGUUGGAGGGGGCGACUGAACUUGCGUGCCCUCUCUGCCGCAGCCAGCUUAAAGGAUGGACAGUAGUGGAGCCCGUCAGGCAGUACCUGAACCGUAAGAAGAGAAGCUGCAUGCAGGAUGGUUGCUCGUUUUCCGGGACGUUUAAGGCGAUGUGCAAGCACGUUCGGUCCGAGCACCCCAAAGCGAAGCCUCGUGCAGUGGACCCCGUGCUCGAGCAGAAGUGGAAGCAGCUGGAGGACGAAAGUGAGCAGCAGGAUGUGAUCAGUACAAUCAGCUCGUUGAUGCCGGGAGCGGUGGUGCUGGGGGAUUACGUGGUCGAUGGAAGGGACUAUAGAAGACAUGGGUAUAGGCCAUACAGCUUCGAUAGGAGGAGAUUGGCUUACUUCCGGUCGCAGGUCGGACGGGUGCAUCUGGGGCAUCGGACGCCGCCUAGGUCGUCGCCAGCAGGGAUGCGUUUGGGGCUGGUGUCGUUUAGGCGUGGCAUGCCAGAGCGGGCCCGAGAUUCUUAUAGAUCUUAGGUUAAGAGUUGAGAAUAGAGGAAUAAGGAGAAUAUGUCAAAGGAUGCAUAAUGAUUUUUUUUUUACAAUUUUCUGCAUUUAGUGACUGAUUGAUCAAGAUGUGUUGAAGGGUGAAUCAGAAAGUUCUUUUUAACCCCCCCUAUUUUCUCGUGCUUAAUAUCUCUUUUUUCUGCUUCGCGUGGCUUAUCAGUGUUUUUGUUUUUGUUUUUUUGAAGUGGUAUUUUUUUUUUUUUUUGGAAAACUUAGAAUCAUGAACAAUUCAUCCUCAUGUUGCAGUUUGAAUUCUGAACGAGGAUUAAAUA